GAGAGGGUUAAGCCCUUCUCGCCAGGCAGACGCGGACGCUGAGCCCCGGGCAGGGGAUGGGGAGUUCCUGAGGUCCUCCAUUUGCGUUCCCUCUCCCUUAUUCUGUCUUCCCAAACGUACAUCGAUGUCCCUCACGCCAGCUUGACGCCUGUUCUUCUGCCAAACUCAUUGGUCUGUCAUUCAACUAAAGCCGCCCAUCCUUCUCCAGCUCAGCAUUUCCAUAUGCUCACUUCUCAAAUCCAUUCCCUUAUCAUCGUUUAUAUCUGCUUGCAAGCUUUUUGCCCUGCUGGUAGCCCUCUUCUCCCUAACCCACUUCCCAGGCCUCUCACAGCUCUGACACAACUCCCAUUCUCUGGACUAUGAUCCAUCGUAACCCUCUCAACUCCUCAGCAUUGCCUGCUCUUUACUCGUUCCCUACACUGAAUGUUGGGAAACCGUUCAGUGAGUUGAUUUAAAAUUCUGUUUAAAUGAUUUCUAAAAUCUUCAGAAGGAGAAAACAAAGGAAGGAGAUGAGGAAGAAGGCAGAGGAUGCCACAAGGUUAAAAAUCGUCAUUGGAGUGAUUCACACUUUAAUGGCUUUCUGCUGAGGUGGGCGUGAGCAUGGCCGCUGACCUUGUUUUCUUCUCCGUGGACAAUGAGUGUUAGCUUCCUGUGCAGACAGAGCUAGUGAAGCUGAAAGGACAACCUACUGGCAAAACCUCAGAAGUGGGCAAUAGUAGUGUAGAAUCUGAACUUCAGACUAGUGACAUUUAGGGUUGCUAUGAAUCCAGAAGACAAACUUGUGGUCAGAGACUGGGGAUUUGUCUGUGCUUGAGCAAUAGCCACAAGAUAGAAUUGAGGUUGCCUGGCUGGGUUGAUAACCAGAAAUUCAGAGAAGUCUAGAUAGCAGAGUGAAACGGAGCUGGGGAUAUGCAGGGAAUUUGGGUGUUCCAGGACUUAUAAUGAGCAUGAGAGUAUAGGCAGGUACAGCAUAGACCUGAAUUUGGGUGUGGGAAGAUGGUGUGGGUGGGGCCCCAUGCAUCAGCACAACUAGGAAUGAAUGGCUUGGAGCCAUUCUGUCUUGAGGGUGGCUGAGAGGGUGAAGCACGUAGAGCUGUGUUGGUGUAGGGAUAGGGGCCCCAGAGUGAGCUAAGAAGGUAAAUUCAUGCUGACUUAAUUGUCAUCAUCUUUAAAUAGAGUUUUGAAUGAUGAUACGAAGUUUAGGUUUGGCCCAAAUGGAGCACAUACCUAGGUAAGAAAGAAAGGAGCCAUUUUGAAACAUGUAGUACAUGUCAGUUGCUUCCACAUAUGUUAUCUCACUUAAUUCUGUCAACAAGCCUGGUUGUUGGUGUUUACAGGUGAGGAAAGUGAUGCUCAGGGCAAGUAACUUACUCAAGAUCAUACAGCUGAGGCUGACUCCUAUCUCACCCGGUUCACUGUCCCUCAGACAUAUAAUUACUCUGUCCUCCUUGUGGAUCCUGCUUCCCAUACACUUUAUGUCGGCGCCCGGGACACCAUCUUCGCUUUAUCCCUGCCCUUCUCAGGGGAGAGACCCCGCAGGAUUGACUGGAUGGUGCCUGAAGCCCACAGACAGAACUGCAGGAAAAAAGGCAAGAAGGAGGACGAAUGUCACAAUUUUGUCCAGAUUCUCGCCAUUGCCAAUGCCUCUCACCUCCUCACUUGUGGCACCUUCGCUUUUGAUCCGAAGUGCGGGGUUAUUGAUGUGUCCAGUUUCCAGCAGGUUGAAAGACUUGAGAAUGGCCGGGGGAAAUGUCCUUUUGAGCCAGCUCAGCGGUCAGCAGCUGUAAUGGCUGGGGGCGUCCUCUAUGCUGCCACUGUGAAAAAUUACCUGGGGACAGAGCCGAUUAUCUCCCGGGCUGUGGGUCGCACCGAGGACUGGAUUCGGACAGAGACCUUGCCCUCCUGGCUUAACGCCCCAGCCUUUGCUGCAGCCGUGGCCUUGAGCCCAGCAGAGUGGGGGGAUGAAGACGGAGAUGAUGAGAUCUACUUCUUCUUUACGGAGACUUCCCGAGCAUUUGACUCAUAUGAGCGCAUUAAGGUUCCACGGGUGGCCCGUGUGUGUGCGGGCGACCUUGGGGGCCGGAAGACCCUCCAGCACAGAUGGACGACCUUUCUGAAGGCUGACCUACUCUGUCCAGGCCCUGAGCAUGGCCGGGCCUCCAGUGUCCUGCAGGAUAUGGCCAUUCUCCGACCUGAGCAUGGAUCAGAGACCCCCAUCUUUUACGGCAUCUUUUCCUCCCAGUGGGAGGGGGCGGCCAUCUCUGCUGUCUGUGCCUUCCAACCCCAAGACAUUCGGACAGUGCUGAAUGGUUCCUUCAGAGAGCUGAAACAUGACUGCAACAGGGGACUGCCUGUCAUGGACAACGAUGUCCCCCAGCCCAGACCUGGAGAGUGCCUCACCAACAACAUGAAGCUCCAGCAGUUUGGCUCAUCGCUCUCCCUGCCUGAUCGUGUGCUCACCUUCAUCCGGGACCACCCUCUCAUGGACCGGCCAGUAUUUCCAACCGAUGACCAUCCCCUGCUCGUCACUACGGAUACAGCCUAUCUCCGAGUUGUGGCGCACAGGGUGACCAGCCUCUCAGGGACAGAGUAUGAUGUGCUGUACCUGGGGACAGAGGAUGGACACCUCCACCGAGCCGUGCGGAUUGGAGCCCAGCUCAGCGUCCUGGAGGAUCUGGCCUUAUUCCCAGAGCCGCAGCCAGUUGAGAGUAUGAAAUUAUAUCAGAAUUGGCUCCUGGUGGGCUCCCGGACUGAGGUGACACAAGUGAACACCACCAACUGUGGUCGUCUCCAGAGCUGCUCAGAAUGCAUUCUGGCCCAAGACCCUGCCUGUGCCUGGAGCCUCCAGCUGGAUGCGUGUGUGGCCCAUGCUGGCGAGCAUGGCGGGCUGGUCCAAGACAUAGAGUCAGCAGAUGUGUCUUCUUUGUGUCCCAAAGAGCCGGGAGAACGCCCGGUAGUGUUUGAAGUUCCUGUGGCUACAGCGGCACACGUGGUCUUGCCAUGUUCCCCAAGUUCGGCAUGGGCAUCCUGUGUGUGGCACCAGCCUGGUGGGGUGACUGCACUUCCCCCCCGGCGGGACGGGCUGGAGGUGGUAGUAACCCCAGGCGCCCUGGGUGCUUACGCCUGCGAAUGUCAGGAGGGGGGCGCGGCCCGUGUGGUGGCUGCAUACAGCUUGGUGUGGGGCAGCCAGCGAGGUCCCCCAAGUCAGGCCCACACAGUGGGUGCUGGACUGGCUGGCUUUCUCCUGGGGGUUCUUGCAGCAUCGCUGACUCUUCUUCUGAUUGGCCGGCGUCAGCAGCGACGGCGACAGAGGGAGCUUCUGGCUAGAGACAAGGUGGGCUUGGAUCUGGGGGCACCCCCGUCUGGGACCACGAGUUACAGCCAGGACCCUCCCUCGCCUUCUCCUGAAGAUGAGCGGCUGCCCCUGGCCUUGGCCAAGAGGGGCAGUGGCUUUGGUGGCUUCCCUCCACCCUUCCUGCUCGAUCCUUGUCCGAGCCCAGCCCACAUUCGGCUUACUGGGGCUCCUCUAGCCACAUGUGAUGAAACGUCCAUCUAGGGCAAGUGACUGCUAGUGCACGGGUGACUACUGGAGGGGGAUGACCAUUGAGAUGCUGGGGAUACUGAGCCUGGAAGAUGGUCAUGGGCUAUGAGUCCUCUUUGGUCUUUGCAUCAUCACUUAGACUUCCGUGUCUACCCUCUCUGGGCCUGGCUGGGCUCGGGGCCAGGCCUGUGCUUGAUCUCCUGAUUCUCAUGAGAGAUCAGAGCUGCUGUCUCCCGUGAAUCAGGACUUUUCCCACUUCUGCCCUCUGAUCCGCUGCAGCUCCUUGGGCCUUGGCUCCCUAUCUCGGCCCGUUACCUCAAGGUUGGGGAAUGGGCCGUAGCUUUGACUUUGCCUUCUGGUGGGUCCUGGCCAGAAGGAAGAGUGCUAGAGGCGGUGGGGGCUAGUGUGCAUUAAGUUCUUUUGUUCAUUCUCUUAGUUUAUGGGAUUCUCUGUGGGGAGUGCAUGAUCCCCAUGUUGCAAGAUGAAAUCUCUGCCCUGAGAUGUCCCCCAACCCAGUUGUCCCUCCGUGAAAGUGAGUGUCAGUAUGCAGGUGUUUGUGGAAGGCCUGGCCACACGUGCAUGCAGGACUGGGCUGGUGCUCAGGUGUACCCCUGGGGGUCAGACCCAGUGCUCAGGUAUAUCCCGGGGGGUCAGAUGGGGGAAGGUGGGAAUGAGGCAUUGCUUGCAGAACUUCAGACCCUGUAGCCAGUGAAGGAAUGGCUUUCCUUUCUAAAAAGAAACAAACCACCACCCGGGCCCCAUCACCUAUAACCCUUCUCUUGAGUAGAGGAAAAACUCCCAAAGUGACCUUUUGGGCGGGAGGGACAGCGGUACGCGUGACCCAAUCAUUCUCUUUGUUUUUGCCUCCCGGCUGCCACCACUGCCACACACAGCUGUUCUUUCUCUUUGGCUCCCGUUAAAAAGACUUCACAACCUUCUAAGUAUUAAGGGACAACAAAAGGGGAACAGUCAUAGGAAAUUCAAGUUGCAUAAAAAUAGGUUUGUAUCAGUGACUUUACUCAGGUUGACACCCUUGCCCUAAGUCAGAAGUUCUCCACCUGGGGUCCAUGGACUCCCUGAAAUCGUAUGCAAAAUGUUGUCGGUACAUGUGAGUCUGUAUUUUUAUGGGGGAUGGGGUGGGUGGGUAUGGUUUUCAUCAGUUUCUCAAGGCCUUAACCAAGUUAAAGGACUAUGCCUCGAGGUCGCCACCCAGUGGUCAAGAUGAGGGAGUGCCAGUCAGCGGCAGUUCUUCCAGCCCUACCAUCCCGUUCCCUGUGGUCAGCCCUGGGACUCGCAGCUGCUGGAUGCCCUCUUGUUUCUCCGGGUCUUGGAAGCUGGGCUCUGCGUGUAUUUGAAGAUACUAUCAACUCCUACCAAACAUAAAGACCUCUUCCUGCUUCACAGCUCCCAGAUGCUCUAGGCUUCUCCCGCUCAGUUCUGGUCUAUGACCCGUGUAUGUGCCUCGUUCAUCCCUGGUGAGGGACCCCCCCUGAGCUCCAGUGAAUGAUCCAACCCCUCCCAGUUGAAGUUUUUGGCUCUACUCUCCUUGGCAGCAACCUGUGAACUAUUCAAAAGAGUCCCCUUGGGUUUGGAAUUACCAGCGGCUUUGCCACUAACACGUGUAUGAUUUUCAGCAAGUGAUCUAAUGUAGGAACACUGGUUUGUUCAGCUGUAAAGUGGGGAUAGUAAUACCUACCUCGGGGUUGCUGCAAGGACUGAAUGGGAAGACAUGUAAACAAUAAAGCAGUGUCUACACCAGUA